AUGGAACAGACCGUCACCAUUGUCAACAACUCGGGCAAGAUUAUCAGCACUGGGAAGCAGCUGUUUUCAAUAUUUAAAGAAGCAAAGGCUGCCUAUAGCGAAAAGAAGGACGACGUCAGGGCUGAGCGUGCACUCCAACGCGCAAACACAUUCGACGGCACCGCAGGUGUUGCCAGAAGUGUUCCGCACGCGCCCUCUAUCCAACGAGCGCCUUCUGUCCAAUAUAAUGAGGUCGAAUACCGUCCUCGCACCUUGAGUCGCGCUCAGACCGCCUACUAUGUCGAGGACGCUGAGCGAGCGCCAACAGUCUACUAUGCCCAAGAGGACCAAUACACAUUACAUGACCAACAGAGACGCAGUUCCUACGAUGCUGCCAGUGUUGCAAGCUCACGCCGCAGUCACCGCACAAGAACUUCCCAUCAUGGAACCCACAGACCACGAAGUACUCGUGCACCCUCGGAAUACUCGGUCGCCUUGACAGAGGACAACCUGAAAACGCACAGCCAGGCCGCCAGCACCCGGCCUUCCAGACCCCCGACCACCAUGUCACGGUACCGCAGUCCCUAUGCCGAGACGGUUCCCAUGGGCCAGUCCAAUAUGGACCUUACGAUAGUUGAGCGCAGCGUCUAUCAACCCGCCCAACCGAGGCAGCCCUCUAUAGUUCAAAGAACGAGAUCCGAGUCUCAGAUCGGAGCCCUCGUGCCACAACACGAAGCUCCUGGCUCGCAGUACGGAGCUCUGGUCCCUCAGUCUGGGGCUCUUGUGCCGCAGCCAAAGAAGAAAAAGAUUGAUAUGAAUCUAGCCUACGGCAACAUUCCCCCUGAUCUUGCCGAACGAACCGAUCUUGCCGAGGACUCUGGAGAGGCUACAGCGCUGGUACGCAAGAUCGAGAGCUUGCUAGACGAAGCAAACUGCGUCCACCACUCUGCCCAGGCAAUGAUUAAACAUCUCCAAGAAAAGCCCGACGCCGCUGCCGCUGUCGCACUAACUUUGAGUGAGUUAUCUACUGCUGCCGCCAAAAUGUCACCAGCAGUCCUCGGUCUCCUCAAAGGCGGUUCGCCCGCCGUCUUUGCUCUCUUGGCCUCUCCUCAGUUUCUCAUCGCCUCUGGUCUCGCUGUCGGCGUCACCGUAGUCAUGUUUGGCGGUUGGAAGAUUGUCAAGAGGGUGCAACAAGAACGCGCCAUGCAACAAGCUGCCCUCGCCUACCAGCCGCUUCCCGCCAUCGAGGAGCCCGAGCCCAUGGAAAGGCCGCCACUGCAGCGCGCACAAACGUAUGCUGGCGAAUAUGAUGUCUAUGACGGCUAUGAUGGCUAUGAUGAGGCUCUUGUCCUUGGCGACGAGCUCAGCACUAUUGAGUCCUGGCGCCGAGGCAUCGAGCCAUUUGGCGACGGCGAGAGCGCUGACAUGGAGCUCAUUACCCCCGAGGCCGACCGCGCCACCCGUGCCGAUCCGCGCGACCGCUACGAAGACCAGGGCGACCUUGACGACACCCGCUCGCAUCACAGCAGCCGCACCCACCGCACCAGCAAAACUAGCAAGACGAGUAAGACGAGUAAGACGAGUAAGACGAGCAAGACGAGCGGGACGAGCGGGACGAGCGGGACGCACCGAUCGCACAAGUCGCACAAAUCCCACCAUUCGAGCAGGAGGGACGACGAAGAAGACCGCAAGAGCAGCAGGGGCUCGACCCGCGAAGGGUCCACGACGAGCAGCAAGCACAGGUCGCGCACCGAUGACGGCCGCAGCAGUCGCCACCGUAGCCGCGACGACGUCGACUUGCCCGUCCGCCCCAAGGCGCAGCGUCAGGAGAGUGAUCUCUUCAAGAGCUUGUUCAGGAGAAAGAACAAGGACGCAAGCCGCAGCCAGCUCGUCGUUGCGUAA